AAACAAAUUUGACCAAGAAGUAUCAUAUUCAAUUCAUACAUGCAAAGUUGACUGAAAAGUUCGGAUCUUUGAGCAUUUCAGACAUCACCAAGAAGAACCCACAAUUUGUUUUUCCUGCUGAAUUGCCCGGAUAUGGAUUCCCGCAUCGCCAGGAUUUGGAUUCCGGUACUGUUAUGGGGCUGUAUGAGCACCCAUUUCGGCUCUUACGCCGCCGUGGUCGAAGACGACGUGAGGUGCCUUCAGGGGCUGAAGCAGUCGCUGAAUGACCCGCUCGGAAACCUGGCGUCUUGGGAUUUCAAGAACCACACCGUCGGAUUCAUCUGCGAUUUCGUCGGCGUCACCUGCUGGAACGAUCGGGAGAAUCGGAUCUUUAGUCUGGAGCUCCGAGACAUGGAGAUCACCGGCGAGGUCCCGAGGGAUAUCGAGUACUGCGCCAGCCUCACGAAGCUGGAUCUCGGCGGGAACGAGAUUUCCGGGCCGAUUCCCCCGAAUAUUUGCGAUUGGUUGCCGUUUUUGGUGACCCUCGAUUUGUCUGGGAACGACUUUUCCGGCGCGAUCCCGCCGGACCUGCAGCACUGUGAGUAUCUGAACAUUCUGAUCCUUUCGGAUAACAAGCUUUCGGGUCCGAUUCCCUAUGAAUUUUCUAGCUUGGGUAGGCUUAAGACGUUUUCAGUGGCGAAUAAUAAGUUGAAGGGGUCUAUCCCUUCGUUUUUCGACGGGUUUGAUAAGGCGGAUUUUGCCGGGAACAGCGGGCUUUGCGGCGGGCCGCUUGGGUCGAAGUGUGGUGGUCUCAGCAAGAAGAGUGUUACUAUUAUAAUUGCUGCCGGAAUUUUUGGCGCGGCGGCGUCUUUGCUGGCUUUUUUGGGGCUGUGGUGGUGGUACCAUUUGAGGCUGAGUAAGCGGUGGAGGACGGGAGGUUAUGGUGUUGGGAGGGAGGAUUGGGUUGAGAGGUUGAGGGCUCAUAAGCUUACUCAGGUUUCCUUGUUUCAGAAGCCACUUGUGAAGGUUAAGUUGGCGGAUUUGAUGGCGGCUACCAAUAAUUUUAGCCCGGAAAAUGUGAUCAUUUCGACCAGGACAGGGACAACUUACAAGGCUCUGCUGCCUGAUGGGUCGGCGCUGGCCAUUAAGCGGCUUAGUGCUUGUAAGCUUGGUGAGAAGCAGUUUCGGUUGGAGAUGAACCGGUUAGGACAGCUUAGACAUCCGAAUUUGGCCCCCCUUUUGGGGUUCUGCAUUGUGGAGGAGGAGAAGCUUUUGGUGUACAAGUACUUGUCGAGUGGGACUUUGCAUUCGUUGUUGCACUUAAGUGGUGAGGGAUUGGAUUGGUCGACUAGGUUUAGGAUCGGUUUGGGUGCUGCCAGGGGACUUGCUUGGCUUCACCACGGUUGCCAACCUCCGAUUAUGCAUCAGAACAUAUGCUCCAAUGUGAUCCUCCUCGACGAGGAUUUUGAUGCUAGGAUAAUGGAUUUUGGAUUGGCAACGCUCACGGCUUCUGAUUCUAAGGAGAGCAGUUUCGUUAACGGUGACUUGGGAGAACUCGGUUAUGUAGCUCCAGAGUAUCCGAGUAGUCUGGUUGCUUCACUGAAAGGGGACGUUUAUGGACUAGGAAUUGUGCUUCUGGAGCUGGCAACUGGGCAAAAGCCUCUCGAAGUCAGCACUGCUGAUGAAGGUUUCAAGGGUAGUGUAGUGGAUUGGGUGAAUCGUCUCUCUAGUUCUGGUCGAACCAAGGAUGCCAUCGAUAAAGCUCUCAUCGGAAAAGGGCAUGACGAGGAAAUUUUGCAGUUUCUGAAGAUUGCUAGUAGUUGUGUGAUUUCUCGGCCUAAGGACAGGUGGUCUAUGUACCAGGUUUACCACGCAUUGAAGAGUAUGAGCAAAGAACACAGUUUCAGGGAACAAGACGACGAGUUUCCAUUGCUUUUUCGCAAUCCAGAUAAGGAAUAAGGAUUCCGCUUAAACUCAAAUAAAACGGAGAGAGAUGACAAAUGGUUGCAGAAUUCCAUAUCGAGGUAAUUUAUUAUAAGGUUCAUAUAUGUUAAUCGUACGAUGUGAUCUCGAUUUUAAUUAGUUAGCUGUAUAAUCCAAUAAACAAGCUAUAGGUCCUGCAUCCCACGAAAUUUUUUCGUUAGAGAUCCAGCGACAUUUACAAUAUGCUUUCCAGUUCUUCGCCAUGGAAAAUUGGAACGAAAGAUGACAACGGAACUUCUAGUGUAAUAUAUUGUAUGCAAACAGUUAAAUCCUUGCCUUCUA